AACAGUCUACUACUUCGUUACGGCUGCUUAUUAUCUUAUUCUGAGCCACGGCAGACGUUUCUGUCACAAAACUACCAGCAGCUAUUAAAUCCUGAAGAUUAUAAACGAGAAAUGUCAAUUUGGGACGGUCUCUAGCGUGGCUUCAGCAGUGCACGCGCAGGUCCGAUUCAAACAGGUGGAAAGAGUGGGACAGUCCUAGCGCGUGACGGCGGCUCGUGAAGGCAAUCUAUUUCAACCCGCAUAGCGUGUUUUUGAUUGAAACAUCAGUAUUAAAUUAAUUCGAACAAUUCGUUUUUGCUAAGGAUUCUCACGCCCGUAUGACAUCAACAGGCUUGUGCCAUAUCCCGUAUUAGAACGCUCGCGCCGGUCGUUUAAAAAGUGGGCCGUUAAAGUCUGUCACCGCGAGCUCUUUUUAUCCCUUCCUGGAGCCAGGAAGGUUUGCGUGUUAUUUACGUUUACGGUAUCGACCCUCGGGGUUUUUCCCACUUACACUGGUCCUCGAGCCGUUUACGCACAGGUGGGAGAUACCCGCUUGGUAGGACGGCCCCCUCUCUCAGUUCCUCAGCGGAUGAUGUGUGCAAGUGACAUUUGCCGUUGCGGUUUGGGACAGUAAGCGAGGCGUCUCUCUGCAAACAGGUGUGCGACUGCCCGAAACAGGCAGACGUAAUACGACUUUUUUUCGUCUUGUUUAGCGGAGGUGGACCUCCAGCACCGGUGUCGAAGCGAUCCAUCCUCGUAGCGGGACAGGGAGAGGAGGGGGAGUCUACUAUCAUUUUCAGGCGUUGUAGUUGCAUUUGAUCGUUCGAAUAGGGGCACAAAGAGGAAGGAAUGGCAACUAAGAAACCAUGCGCGGAUUUAACAAAAAGGAGCCGAAGUCCCGUCGUGCUGGAGGCAGAGAUGUUCAGCGAAUUUCAGGACUGGUGUCUCCGGACUUACGGAGACUCGGGUAAAACAAAGACCGUCACGCGCCGAAAAUACAACAAAAUCAUGCAGACCCUGCUUCAGAACGAGGAGUCCGACGGUGUCUAUGUCGACAACAGCCACAUCAACGCCAAAUUCAAAUUCUGGGUGAAGUCCAAAGGGUUUCAGGUCGGCAGCAACAUCUUGGGCGAGCACAACAAGAAAGAGCCAUCGGGGAAGCCCGUCCUGUACGUCCCUGUCAAGUCUACGUGUUCAGAUGGAGGAGCGACCCAGGACAGCUCUUUGAAGCGGGUCGCUGUAGUGGAGGAUUUUUUUGAUAUCAUCUAUGCCAUGCACGUUGAGAUGGGGGCGGAUCCUGGUAGAGCACCCAAACACGCCGGCCAGAAAAAGACCUAUAAGGCGAUUGCGGAGACAUACGCAUUUCUUCCACGUGAGGCGGUGACUCGUUUCUUGAUGAGUUGUGGAGAAUGCCAGAAAAGGAUGCACAUCAACCCCAGCACUGCAGAGUUCAAAGAGAAUGACCGGCCCACCUCCCUGGUCCCAGACCUCAUCGAUUACAACAUGCCUCUCACUGCCACCUAUCUAAAACAGAUGAAACUACAGUGCAUGAACACUAAUGAGCAGGAUGAGAGUUCGGUAAGCAGUGAGGAUUUGGACAUGGCUGAGCCCGCGUGGGUCUCUACUGAGCGUGCUCCAACCGCAGAGCCUAGCAGCCCCACCGCCCCAUACACAGAGAGGAUGCCUACACCCCCACAGCCCAGCAUUAAAGAGGAAGAAGAUGAUUCCUCUUCAGAGAAUGGCAGCACAGUUAAUGGUCUCCCUGCACUGACUCCACCUGGUGGUGCUGCCAUGGCGACAGGAGGAGUUCCUGCAUCUGAGGGGGUGGUUCCAUACGGAGAGGUGAACGGUAAUGGUGCCGCAGCGCCGCUGGACUUCAGCACUACUUCAUCGUCCUCUUCCUCACAGGAGGGACAGCAGCCUGUCAACCUGAGCGACAGACUAUUGCCCGGGGUGACGCUUGGAUCCUACUCAUCUGACCCUAACAGAAAAUUCCCUGUCAAAACUGAGUACGGUAACAAGUCACCUCAGUACAGCUCAGGAAGCUAUGACUCUGUGAAGACGGAACUGAGCACGUGCGGGGAAGACAUGACCCCCGGUCGCUCUCAGGUCAUAGACGACGAUGAUGACGAUCACGAUGACCAUGAUGACAGCGACAAGAUAAAUGACGCUGAGGGCCUGGACCCUGAACGACUUAAAGCUUUUAACAUGUUUGUGCGGUUGUUUGUGGAUGAGAACUUGGACCGGAUGGUUCCAAUCUCAAAGCAGCCCAAAGAGAAAAUCCAGGCCAUCAUUGAGUCCUGCAGCCGCCAGUUCCCAGAGUUCCAAGAACGUGCUCGCAAACGGAUCCGAACCUACCUCAAAUCCUGUCGCCGCAUGAAGAAGGGUGGCUUUGAGACACGGCCCACACCCCCUCACCUCACCUCCGCCAUGGCUGAGAACAUCCUUGCAGCAGCGUGUGAGAGUGAAACACGUAAUGCUGCUAAGAGGAUGCGUCUUGACAUCUAUCAGGCCCAUGAUGAGUCGGUUACAGCAGACAAGCCAAACUCCAGAGAUCCGGCUGCCCUGGUUAACUCAGGCUUCUCACUGGCCGCCACCGCCUACUCCCAGGACCAACUCUACACCAAUGGUGGACUUAAUUACAGUUUCCGUGGAUAUGGUACCAUUGGCAACAACCUCCAAAACAAUGGCACAUCACAAACCAAUGGUCCUACUGAUCUCAGUAUGAAAUCUUUGGCAUCCAACAGCACUUCCUCCUCCAGUUCAAACAGCCAUGGUCAGGGUGGAGGGGGCGGAGGGGCAUCUGCCCAGCUCAGCCCGCCCGAGGUCACGGCUGUUCGGCAACUGAUUGCGGGUUAUCGGGAGUCUGCGGCCUUCCUGCUCCGCUCUGCUGAUGAGCUCGAGAACCUCAUACUGCAGCAGAACUGAGAACUGCACACAGGCUGGUGCUGCCCGUCUCUCUCUCAUAAACACACAUACACAAAAUACAUACUAUGACAGGAAAGAUACAUGUAGCUAUGUGCACUUGCAUACACAUACACCUAAAGCCCAUAGGCGGAGUUUCACUUCGCUUGGGGGGAGAAAAAUGGAGGGGUCAGAAGAAGCUGUAUCUGAAGCGCACGUACAGGGUCUAAAAUUGAUAACAUUUACCAGCCAUAAUUUUCUCAGGUUCACUGGCCAUGAACCUGUAUUUUCUAUAUGAAAUGCUACCUCUCAUGAAAACACUUUUGGUGGCUUAAUUAGUAUUAAUAGUUUAAUAGUUACAGAGGUGGGAAAAAUUAAAUAAAGUUGACAGAUUUUACUUGCAUUCGGCAAAGGGCAAGUAUUAUUUUUGGGCUUAUAUACUAUGUAAGGUGCUUUACACAGACUUGUUAAUGCACAUGAGGGACUAAAUGUACUGACACAGGAAUUGCAGUCACUGGAAUUAAUGUUUAAUGCACUUGAAGUAGAUUGUUAAUUCACAGCAAACAGUUUGACAAUGUUUACGACCGAGAAGAAGGAUACACUAAUUUUGCCCAAAACUAUUUCAAUAAUAAAAAGAUCAUUUUAUUGUUUAGAUUUAACUGCGCAAAGAUUAAACAGUUUUGGCUCUAGACACUUGAUUUCCCCUUGCACUCCUCAAACUCCGCCUAUGCUCUUCCUGUAUACCUAACUAUCACACAUUGCUCAUGACAGCUUUAUGUCCAUCAUAGUGUCUUUAUCACAUGUCCUUACUUUUGAGUCCAUCAGGUCCUAAUCCUUUUCGGAGGGCUGAGAUGACUUUAUAAACAUUGUUUCAUGAUGAUCAGAGAACACAGAGAGGUGUCUGUACUCAUUGUCUUACAUAGAGCACAACACAGUGAGAUCUAUCAGUCCACCACAGAGAGUCCAGACCUUUCAUCUUUUGAGACAAAAAAGCAGUAAGUUUAGGAGUGAUGCCCAAAACAAACACACAAUGAUGUCAACUCCUGCAUAAAGUUUACACUAUGGCACAAAAUAUUACUAUCAUAUUAGAUUCAUGUUUGUCAAUGGCAUCUUGUUUUAUUGAAUUUGAAAAGUUCCUCAGAUGUUUUAAGGGUUAGUUCACCCAAAAAUGAAUUUUCUGUCAUUAAUUACUCACCCUCAUGUUGUUCCAAAUCCGCAAGACCUUCGGAACACAAAUUAAGAUAUUUUAGAGUUUUAUCUCC